AUGCUAGCGCUACCCGCAAGACGUCAGCAACAUCAACAUCAACAUCAACAUCAUCAUACGCCAACCACAUCGUCAUCCUCACUCCCCACAUACCAAGCAUACCAACAACUACCUCCCUCUUUCCCGUCACAACAGCUCUUUGACCAAAAGCUGCUCAACGACUAUCUCGAGUCUCAGCAGCAAGCAUUCGGCAACGCCGUCGUCGACGUUGGCUCUAGCUCAUACAUGACGACCGCCUGUCCUGACUACGCAAAUCCGAAUCCGGCCAUCCGCGUCCAACAGUGCACGCCAACACCCCCGUCCCAGCAGAACGGGUUCUCGCAAACGUCCAUGCUGCCGACCAACACCAGUAGCAGUGGACGUGAGUCCUGGCAAUCAUCGUAUGGUAACCUGCAGCAUCAGUCUCUGCAGGCACCAGCACAGAACCGUGUCAAGGGUCACCAGCGUGCAUCCUCGUCGUCGUCGUCUGUAGGCUCCAGCGCUUCACAAUACCAAUCGGCGACCCCGUCGACAGGGUACCAGCCAUUCAACCAUCAUCUUCCAACACCGACACAUACACCGACACAAGACUCCUUUAUGAACAGCAACAGCUUCAACAACUACACGCCCACGUCUGGCAACAUGGAUCAGACAAUGGCUGCACACAUGUCGAUGAAGCAGGCCCUCAUAGAGCAGAGCGACGAGGUUCCAGACUUUGCGCAUUCGGCACGACAGUCAGUGUCCAGCUACGGCCACGACUCACCGGCAACACCACAUACCGCACAUGACGAGAUGGACUACAAGAUGUCUACAACUGGUGAGACUCUCUGCAAGGUGGACUCGUGGCUCUUCAACGAGUACUGUACUUACUAUGACGACCUAGACUCGAGGCCGGUGCCCAAGUUCGAGAGGACUUAUACAGACAUCGCUGCCGACAACUUCUACGAUCCUAACGCGGUGGCUGCGCAACCAGCGUCGCAAUCAAAGCCGAGUCAGUCAUCAUUGUUGUCGCCAUACCGAAAUAACACGACGGAUAAUGUCCAACGUGCUCUUCAGGCCGCACAAUACGCGCGCUCCCAUUCACCCCCCAGCACUGCCUCGAGAGGCGAUUCUCCAUUCCGUCGAGGCUCACCUUACCGUCAACCGAGCAACAACUUUAACCCUGCCAUGAUUGGUAGUGCUGCAGCUACACGUGAACAAACUCGUCAAGCGGAUGCAGCCUAUGCGAUGAAGUCGCAGAUGCAGAACAACGAAGAGGCUGAGGUCAAGACAAUAUCACCCAAGGAUGCCCUUCUGGACUACCGAGAAAAUGAUGAGGACUCAAAGGCACCACUGUUCCCGGAAAGUGGCGCUAACAAGUAUGAUGGCCAAUACAACGGUGGCGACCAAUACAGAAACGCCACACUAUCCAACUUUGACACUACAUCAUCACAAUCCUUCCAACGCGAAAACUGGCAAACACCGCAAUACUCUCAGAAUUAUUCCACUGCUUCGGCCCCAUCACUACAGCAGUCACCUGGUUUCAACUUCAUCACGCCAUCAUCCGUGCAAGCCAAUCUACACGGGCUACCGUCGGCGGCCACUUCCCAGUAUCGCUCCACGUCGUCCAACAUGUCAUCCGCUGUGGAUCAAACACCAGAAUUCCCAGCGCAUUUGACAUCAAUGGAAUCGAGUGCCAGCGAGGCUGAGCCACCGAGUGGCAGCCAGAACAGCGCUCUCUCCGAUCGUCAUCUGACCAAGCCGGCGUCGACAGGCGCUGAGUCGGGGACGUAUUCGUGCACAUACCACGGCUGUUCGCAGCGUUUCGAAACCCCACAGAAGCUCCAGAAGCACAAGCGCGAGGGUCAUCGAAAUGCCAACCUCAGCAAUGCGAUGACAUCAGCGGCUAUCUUGGAACGCAACUCACAGGCGGGGCCCCACAAGUGCGAGCGCAUCAACCCAACGACCGGGAAGCCUUGCAACACCGUUUUUUCUCGUCCGUACGACCUGACACGACACGAAGACACCAUUCACAACGGGCGCAAGCAAAAAGUUCGCUGUGCACUGUGUGUUGAGGAAAAGACUUUUUCGCGCAACGAUGCACUGACACGGCAUAUGCGGGUUGUGCACCCUGAGGUCGACUUUCCUGGAAAGCACCGAAGGCGAGGGGGGAACCAUGACUGA